AUCACCUUCCCCGGGCCCAUCCUCAGCAACUUCCCGCAGCACAGCGUUGUUGGCUCGGCGGGAGUGCCCGGCGUUGCAGGGAGCUACGGUGGCACUUAUGGAGGCCGUGGUGCUUUUGGAGGCCUUGGGGCCUAUGGCGUGUAUGGAGGCCUUGGGGGCUACGGAGCCCUUGGGGGCUAUGGAGGCUAUGGGCUUUAUGGGGGCUACGGAGCCUUUGGGGGUUGUGGAUAUGGCGGCUGGGCCCGAGGCCACAGGUACCUCAGUGGCAGCUGUGGGCCCUGCUAA